AUGGCGAAAAAUUCAAUCGACGGCGUAGUUCUCAUUACCGGGGCCGGCGGAGGAAUCGACCAACAAGCCGUAUACUCCUUUGCGGAAGCAGGAGCCCGCGCCAUAGCUCUCGCGGACAUCAAUGAAGAAAAUGCCCAAACAGCUUCCGAGACUGCCAGAAAAUAUGCGACCCAUCCAGAUUUCCGAACUUUGAUCAUCGGAGUCGAUGUUGCAGAUGCAGAGAGUGUGCAGAAGAUGAUUGAUGUGACGGCGAAAGAGUUUGAACGCAUUGAUUAUGCUGUGAAUGGGGCUGGGUGUGGAAACGAAGAAACCCAUAUGCUAAUGCUCUGCGUGCGCGCCGAACUCAACGCCAUGCUCGCGCAAGAAACUCGCAAGAUGCCGAGGCGCAGCGGCGAGCGAGAUAUUGGUCGCGGAGUCAUUUUGAACGUGGGCUCUGCAAAUUCGUAUGCGGGGCUGCCGGCAAAGAUGGCGUAUACGGUGUCCAAUCAUGCGGUAAUGGGACUCACGAAGGUGGCUGCACUCGACCAUGCUGCCGAUGGAAUUCGCGUCAAUGCCGUGUGUCCCACUUGGGUUCGUACUCCUAUGGUUGAAGAGGAGUGCAGAAGAAACCCAACCGUGAUGCAGAUGGUGGGAGUCAUAGUUCCGUUGAAAAGAAUGGCUGAGCCGGAAGAGAUCGCCGAUGUGAUUGUUUUCUUGUGUAGCCCUUCUGCAAGUUAUGUAACAGCCACGGGAAUCAUCAUUGAUGCUGAAGUGACUUUGACCGUGCACAUGCACUGA